CUCCCACAGAGAUCUAAUUAUUUUAACUCAAUUAAAAUUAAAUUACCAGCUUUAGAUUUAAACACAUCAUAGUUUGUGUUGCAAUGUGAGCAAAUGUGUGACCUAAUACGGAAACGUUGAACGGGUGUGAAUACUUCCUCAAUGUGAUGCAUGAAUGUCUUAAAUGCCUAAAAACCAUGAACUGAACUCCUGCUUUGUGCUCCACAGGUGGACCUGGCGUCGCACCUCAGACCUCAGCGACUAUUUAACAGCAGAGCAGAGGCAACGGUAGCAGGACGGUUAUGAAGCUGUGGAGAGAUGUGUGAUAUGGACACAACCAUGCUGACGGACCACAGGAUCCCAGCUGGGGAGAACCUCACAGCGCGCCCCAACCACACCCAGGAGACCCUCGGCGUUCUGCAGACCUCAGAGAACAUCGAGCAUUAUCUCAUCAACAUUUUCCUCUCUGGCUUUUACACCAUGAUCCUGUUUCCCAUCGGCCUCCUGGGGAACAUCCUGAUCCUGGUGGUGAACGCGGACCAUAAGGGCCGGCUGGCGGCGCCGGACCUGUACUUUGUGAACCUGGCGGUGGCGGACCUGAUCCUGGUGGCCGACUCGUUGAUCGAGGUGUUUAACCUGAAGAGGGGCUACUACGACAACGCCGGCCUCUGCACCUUCAUGAACCUCUUCCAGCAGGUCAACCUGUACAGCAGCGUCUUCUUCCUCACCUGGAUGAGCUUCGACCGCUGCGUGGCGCUGACCCGCAUCGCCGGCGCCGGCGUGGCCCACGCCCGCCUCAGCUGCUGCCUGAUCUGGGCCUUCUCCUGCCUGCUCACCCUGCUGCCCUUCGCCGUGGCUCAGGUGCAGCAUUCGGGCGAGCUGAACUUCUGCUUCGCCAACGUGAGCCAGAUCCAGUGGCUGGAGGUGACGCUGGGCUUCCUGCUGCCGUUCUGCGUCAUGGGCGUGUGCUACUGGAGGAUAGCGCGGGUGCUGCGGCGCAGCCAGAGGGACCAGUGCAGCCCGCAGCAGAGGCCCCGCAGGCAGAGGGCCCUGCGCAUGAUCUCCGCCGCCGUGCUGGUCUUCUUCGUCUGCUGGCUCCCGGUCAACGUCUUCAUAAGCGUUCACCUGCUGAGGGGCGACGCGGGCGGCGACGCGGGCGGCGACACGGGCGGCGACACGCUGUGGGAGGUUUACCCGCUGACGGGCCACGCCGUCCGGCUCGCCGCCUUCUCCAACAGCUGCCUCAACCCGCUCGUCUACGGCUUUCUGGGAGAGACUUUCCGCAGAAGGCUGCGGCUGUUGCUGCAGAAGAAGAAACACGGAUCCAAGCUGCACAGGUGGGCUUCAGAGAGAGCCGUUUAUCUGGCAGCCGCGCCGCCGUGUCGCCGCGCCACAUGUGACACGGCGAGCCACGCCUCCGAUUGGGCCACCGACGGCCUCCCACACAGAGAACCCACUGACAGCAACCAGGACACGUUACAGGACAGCAGGACAGCGGGGAGCUUCACUGCUGUAAAAACUGAAGCGUAUUUGUUUUUUAAAUGUAACUCGGGUUAAAAUCGUCCAAUAGCUGAGGACAUCUGACUGAACGUCCUGAAACCAACCAGUGAUCAGAAAUACACCAGGAGGACGGUUUCAGCGCGU